UCUGUCUCGAAUCUUGAUUCUUCUUUAAAAAUAUCAAAGAUCAGCCACUCUCCUGGACAUAGCUAACUGUAUGAUUUUGGCCCCUCCCAAUUCCCAAAAGCAAAGAUUAGAAAAGGUGGUGGCUAGAAUAGAACCUUUACACAGAGAACAUAUAUUCUACCCAAUUAGCCACAUCUCAUAGCGAUUCCCUUGCACCUCAGUUAAGCGUGCAAUCCCGCGCCGACUACUCCAUCCUCUUUACCCGCCGCAGUCAUCUAUAAAUAAGCACCGUUGGGUCAUCACCAUCAUCCAACUCCAAGAACACAACAGCUUAGAGCAAGCUCAAGUGAAGUGAGCUGAUCAGAUCGACCAAUAACAAAUCCCCAAGAACAGCCUACUAGCUACCCACCAAUUCGCUCGAUCAGCAAUGGCAGACAGAGUGACGAAGCUGGCAUCGCAGCGGGCGGUGGUGAUCUUUGGGGCGAGCAACUGCUUCAUGUGCCACACGGUGAAGACGCUCUUCACAGAGCUGGGCGUGAGCUGGACGGUGCACGAGCUGGACAAGGACCCCCGCGGGAAGGACGUCGAGAGGGCGCUCGUUGGCAUGGUCGGACGGAGCCCGCCCGUGCCAGCCGUCUUCAUCGGUGGCAGGCUUAUCGGCACCACCGACCAGGUCAUGACGCUGCACGUCGGCGGCCAGCUCGUGCCGCUCCUCCGCCAGGCCGGCGCCCUGUGGCUUUGAAGAGUCAUGGGCAGCAGUGGCUGAUGGUGCGAGCAGUUAUGUGCGAUCGCAGCCUCGAAAUCGAGCGAAGCUAGUGAUCAUGUAGUGCGUGCACUGCAGUGCAGCUACGUAAUUUUGAAAAGGUCAUCAAACAUAUUAACGGUUAUGACCUUUCAGUUGUACCUCGUUGUCAUGAAAAGAGUAGAAAGGAUGCUUUGUAAGAGAUGAGCAUCCUGAGCAAUAUUAAAAGAGCUUAUGCCUGUUAUCUUGUUGCCGGU